AUGGAACCUGUGGUUUCAUCCAUCCUGCCCUUCGUCGUCGAUAAAUUUGAGCUACUUGAAGUGACGACCUCGGGCUUGUUACGUGCCCGCGGAAAUGUAAUCGCGACUACCCGAGACUCGAAAGCACUGGAGCCUAAUGCAAAGAAUCGCACAACAGAAGCUCAUGUUACCUGGCCAAUGUUAUUGAUCGCUAUGUUGACGAGAGUCAGCCUCAUGGUGGGCGUCUUCCCGGACACAGGCCCCUCAGCCCAGCAGGCGGAGCAACUACUUAUGGAAAUCAAAGCCAACAUAGAAGCGCAGAACCUUUAA